AACGGGAUUGCUACGUAAGUGGCCUGCCCGACAACAAUUGCGAAUGUUGCUCCUUCUGUGGCUGCAGGUACACAAUGCUUGAUUGCACAUAGACACAAGUUUUACAGACGCUUUCUGCCGAGUCGCGUUGUGUUGUCAAGAAACUGUUGAAUGAACUUUGCGCCCUUUACUGCCCGUGUCCGAUGCCGACAAUCCUUGCCAUAAUUUGUCCGCGUCUUCAUGGGGCCUCCAGUGGGGAGAUGAUCUUCAUUCUGGGGCAGAGCUGGAGUGUACGCCCGUGCGCACUAAAAAGUCAGGUAUCCACGUCACAUUAUUGCUUGACUUUUUGUAAUCCAAAGGCACGCACCUCAUGAACAGUGGGUCGGGAAGGUAUGCCGCGAGAGGGCUGGUAAGACAUGGCUCUUCCGAAAGGCAGAGCAGGCAGGUAUAAAGGGUACUGAUGAUCCUCUGUUCGAAUGUCCAUCAGCAGCUCGCCUCUGAGGGACAAUCACAAUCAUGCCUUCCCUAUCUUCAUAUAUCCUUGCUUCGGCGGGAGCCUCUCUGGUGAAUGCACAGUUUGGCAACUUCGGUUCGCCAUUCCCCAACACAACAUAUCCUGGAUUCGAGUCUGAGAACCCCUACACUAUUGAGGGUUCCAAGAGCUUCCAAUGGAGCCCUCCCAAGUACCCCAGUCCUUGGGGUGAGGGUGCUGGUGACUGGAAGGAGUCUUAUGUCAAGGCUCGCGCUCUUGUCUCCCAAUUGACCCUCGAAGAGAAGGUCAACCUGACCAGUGGUAUCGGAACGAACCAGGGUAACUGCGUCGGUCAGACCGGCUCUGUUCCUCGUCAUGGUAUCAAUGCUCUCUGUCUGCAGGACUCUCCCGUCGGUGUCCGUCUCACCGAUGGUAACUCUGUUUUCCCUGCCGGUGUUAACGUCGCUGCUACCUGGGACCGCGGUCUUGCCUACGCUCGUGGACGUGCCAUGGGUCAGGAGCACUACGGCAAAGGUGUUGACAUGCAGCUCGGUCCCGUUGCUGGUCCUCUCGGUAGAGCACCUGCUGGCGGCAGAAACUGGGAAGGCUUCUCUCCCGACCCCUACCUCACUGGUCUCAUGUUCGCCGAGUCGAUCAAGGGUAUCCAGAGCGCAGGAGUCAUGACCAGCGCUAAGCACUUCAUCGCUUACGAGCAGGAGCACUUCCGUCAAUCUCAGGAGGCCAAGAACUGGGGCUUCAACGUCACUGAGAGUGUUUCAGCCAACUUGGAUGAUGUUACUCUGCACGAGCUGUACCUGUGGCCCUUCGCCGAUGGUAUCAGAGCUGGUGCUACAUCUAUCAUGUGUUCUUACAACCAAGUCAACGGAUCUCAGGCUUGCCAGAACAGUUACAUUCUCAACCACGUCCUGAAGAAUGAGCUCGGAUUCCAGGGCUUCGUGGUUUCAGACUGGUACGGAACUCACAGCGGUGUUUCUGCUAUUCUUGCUGGUCUCGACAUGAGUAUGCCUGGCGAUCCCGUUCAGGAGUUCGGAAACCACGGUGGUGCUCUUUUCAGCUCGAACAUGACAAUUGCUGUUAUUAACGGAACUGUUCCUCAAUGGAGACUGGACGAUGCUGCCGUCCGUAUCCUCGCUGCCUACUACUACGUCGGCCGUGACAAGAACGAAGUUCCCGUCUCUUUCAACUCUUACUCUCUCGACACCUACGGUUACUCCCACAAUGCUGUUGGUCAAGGUUACGGCCUUAUUAACCAGCACGUCGAUGUCCGCGAGAACCACAGCAAGCUCAUUCGUGAGAUUGGCUCCGCUUCUACCGUCCUGCUCAAGAAUGUCAACAACGCUCUACCUCUCACUGGAAAGGAGAAGUUCACUGCUGUCCUUGGUGAGGAUGCUUUCGAGAAUGUGAACGGACCUAACGGCUUCACUGACCGCGCCGGUGACUCUGGUACUCUUGGCAUGGCCUGGGGCUCUGGAUCUGCCAACUUCCCUUACCUCAUCACUCCUGAUACUGCCAUCCAAAACGAGGUUGUUGGUAAGAAUGGUGGCCAGUACCAAUCUCUCAGCAACAACUCGAACCUUGACCAGGCCUUCUCUCUUGCUAAGCAGGCCGAGGUCAGCCUUGUUUUUAAUAAUGCUGACUCGGGAGAAGGAUACCUCCAGGUUGAGGGCAACUAUGGUGAUCGCAACAACCUUACAUUCUGGCAGGGCGGUGACGAGCUUGUCGCCAAUGUCUCGGCUACCUGCAACAACACCAUUCUGGUCAUCCACUCUGUCGGUCCCGUCCUUAUUGAGAAGUACGCCAACAACCCCAACAUUACCGCCAUUCUCUGGGCUGGUGUUCCUGGCGAGCAGUCUGGUAACUCGAUUGCCGACAUUCUUUACGGUCGUGUCAACCCUGGUGCCAAGCUUCCCUUCACCAUGGGUGCCAAGCGUUCCGACUACGGUACCGAUGUUCUUUACACUCCCAAUAACAAGAUCCCUCAGACCGACUUCAAGGAGGGUAUCUUCAUUGACUACAGAGCCUUCGACAAGCAGGAGAUUGAGCCCGUCUACGAGUUCGGUUUCGGUCUCUCAUACACCAACUUCACCUACAGUGACAUCAAGGUCAACAAGCUGAACACUAGUGCCUACACCCCCACCACCGGUAUGACUCCUGCUGCUCAGACCUACGGUAACAUCAGCAUGAACCCUGCCGACCACCUCUUCCCCGGCAACUUCUCUCGCGUUCCUCUCUACCUCUACCCCUGGUUGAACUCGACCAACCUCUCCUCCGCUGCUGGUCAGUCUCAGUACGCUCCCUACGGUGAUGACAGCUUCGUCCCCGAGGGUGCCGUCGACUCUUCUCCUCAGCCUCGUCUUCCUGCUUCUGGUCCUUCCGGUGGUAAUCCCGCUCUGUGGGACGUUAUCUACCGCGUCACCACCCAGAUCAAGAACGUCGGCAAGGUCGCUGGUGUUGAGGUCCCUCAACUCUAUGUCUCUCUUGGUGGCCCUUACGACGCUGUCAAGAUGCUCAGAGGUUUUGAGAGAUUGAGCAUCCAGCCCAACCAGACCGUCACCUUUUCUGCCGAUAUCAUGAGAAGAGACAUCAUGAACUGGAGCCCCGAGGCUCAGGAUUGGUUCGUCAGCAACUACACCAAGACUGUGUAUGUUGGUAGCAGUUCGAGAAACCUUCCUCUUACUGCUCAGCUCGCUUAAGCGAAUGUAUUUUUUCAUGAUCAUGAUAGACCGAAAAUGAUUUGCUUCUGCUUAGACUAGAAGAUUAGUUUAUAAUAUAAUCACAU